AUGCAAGGGUGUGGGAUCGUAUUAGCGCAGAUUAACUUGCCGGAGCCAUUUCUCAAAACCGUUAUAAUUGGUGUGGCCUUUGGGAGCAUAGUUGUAUUCGUAAAGGCUCCAUUGAGAUUUGGAGCCAGAAAUGAUGAAGGCAUCAUCUGGUACAACCUUCUCAUCCUUGUCUGUUUGGCGCUAGGCGUGCCCCUACGUAUUCUUUUCCCUGUGUUCAUCGUUGACCCGGUUGCCUGGCUCGCAGGGACAUCUCUGCCGUCGAAACGGUGGUGCGGCAAAAAAACGGUGAUAGGAACGUUUGCCGCAGCUGUGGCUGCUUACUUUUGUCUGUUCUACGUCGAAAAUUGGAAACACAGGCUGUUACUUACGCUGACAAUUGCGUUGUUUGAAGGGAUUAUGGGAAAGCACGACAAUAUUGGUGUUGGCGUGGUUGUUCUUCUUUACUACGGUUUGGCACAGAAGUUUGUGUUCCCUUUAACCUUGUGA